AACAACUGUUUCUAUCCUGGAUCCCUUCCCGCACGCUUUGCUUUAGACCACCAUAUAACUGUGCUCGAGGUUCUCCGUGGAAAAGGCUCGAGUGUCAGAGGUAACACCCAUACUAGCGACAAAUUCAAGAAUAAUAAUAUCCGGAUGGCGCCUUACUUUGAGUCUGUAAAGUCUUUCGCCGACAUACCACUCACGGACAUGGGUGUCCCAACUGCGGAGUUCCUGGAAGCUUCCGACGGGCUCGUAGGGAUGUUCGAUUUGCUAGGCGUAGGCGUUUUCUCCUUUGUCCAGUCCGAUAUCAAAAGCAACAUACACGGUGUACGGACUACAUUCAAGGCGAAACCGCUUGAUCGUCAUACUCUCGAAAUGCUCGUUAAAAGUGAAGCGACCGAUCAUCAUAAGCACGGGACAGGUUGUCUGCGUCGGCUCUUGCGAGGUCUUCUCUUCACAUGUCGUGCACUACAAGAAUCACGAGCAAACCCUCACGAAGAGAAGCUGCAACCAAGUUUCUCACGGGCAUAUGAUGUCGUUCUGCGUCGACAUCAUGGUUUCGCAGUGCGAACCGUGGUACAGGUCGCGUUACGAGCAUGCCCCUACCGCCGUGAUUUCUAUUCCCGAAUUGCACAGGGUGGCUCGCAGGAGAAGCUUGACGAGGAGCUCGCGCGCUGGCUAGCAGGACUAGAUGCUAUCGUGCAACGCAUGGCCAAGUUCUACGAGUCUGGAGGUCAUGGCUCGAUAUAACGUCAAUGCACGGCUGACCGCUUCCGACUUCUGACUAUCGCUUAUUC